AUGGAGGCACCAGAUUUCCCAACGAACGUGAUUGACGCACUUGCGUGUCUGCGGUGGAGAAAUACACCGCUUACGCGUUCUUACCUCUGGACAGUCGAAGGGCCUUUAGCAGACGCAACGAUGAAGGUCCUCCUGACUUCAGCUAUUGCACUUGAAGCUGGGAUGACAGUAGUUCCACGAAAAGAGUUUCACGAAAAGGAGCCCCCAAUCGUACUACGCCCUAAAGUCGGUAUAAUGGUCGAUGUGCAAUACUAUGGCAGACCUCGGAGACUAAAGAUUCGCGCUCCUUGGACUAUCUGGCAUGAUGAUGAGGAAGAUGCAGGGGUAAACGUCGUCAUAUUUCAAACUGAGGUGGGCUAUUACGCAGACACACAAGGCUGCUGUUUCGCAUAUAUGGGAGCAAUACACAGAGCCCGAAAGGCCAUUCGCCAAGAUGCAUGCAUCUACGGCAUUGCUACGGAUGGUCAACGCUGGGUUUUUAUCCGGAUCGACAAUGAGUCCAAGGCCUGGGUUCGCCAACGCAGCUGCCCGCGAGGUCGUAACGAGAUAACCUCAGAUGAGUUGGAGACACAACGCAGUUCUGCCUGCCUUUGUGGUGUGUGUGCGUUUUGCGAUGAUCCUCUCGAUUUCAUAUUCGUCUUGCCCUUCGACCUGAACGGGGCCGGGUUGGUCUGGUUUCGGUCGUUGGAAGGGGUCAUUUCCUUGCGGAUAUCGCUCAAGAUGGGCGACGGAUAUCACCGGGUGGAUUCGCCAUGA